AUGUGGCUGCUGACUUCAGCUCUCCUGUCGUUGCUCUGCCUUCUCGCUGUUUCCGAAGCUUGCUAUUUGGGUAAGCAUAAUGCGUACAAUAUCGGCCACAACACUGAUGCCGAUAAUGCGAACGGUAUCCUCUGGCGCCGGGUUCGGGAUCCUGGAAGUGAUGGUGGCGAAAGUUCUGUCUCCACGAUUUCAAAUCUUUUCACCGUGGGAGACUCCAAUCUCAAAGGAGGUUGUGCCUCCAAGUUGGGCGUAAUGGAUGAAUGGCUAAAGGAGGCUAUCCAACUGCACGAAGCAGCCAAAACAGCGUUCGCCAACUAUAAGACCAACAAAGCCUUGGCGGUUCUCGUCAAUCAAUACUUUGGAGUCAAGUUUGAUGUAGCCACGGACAAGGAUAAACAACCAACCUUUAGCAUUACGGACAGAAAAAGUAGAAAAAUGUGGAAUGAAGUUGGAGACCGCAUCUCACGCGUCUCCCAGUUUCUCUCUGGAGCUGGCUUGGUCAAUCCACAGAAGCCAGGGGAGGCCCCGCGUGUCUUUUGCUCAGGUGAUGCUGCUGAAUAUGUUGACUGGGGCGACGUUAUGAAGGACAAGUAUGGAAAGGAUGUCGUACUCGAGAGAGACGAAAACACGAGAGAGCCGACUAGAUAUUUGACGGUCAGAGAGGCCCGACCAGAAAUGGCGGCUUCGGGAAAAGGCUCCGCCUUCUGGCUCAGUGCCUUCAAUGGCUAUACUUAUCCCUGGACUCUCCCAAGCCCUUACGAGAAACAAAUCUGCGGUCCAGUUAAGACCAUCACCCGGUAUGCCCUCACGGCAGGGCGAUUCCUCCCAAUUUUUAUUUCAGAAGAUGUUGAAUGGGGGGAUACUAACAGACACAUCCUCUUCUGUCCAAAUGCCUUUAAUCCUGGCUCACCGAAGGAAGGAGACCCGCACUCUUAUCCAUCUCUUGCGCAGGCUGUCUCAGCUAGCAACUACCCUACCGGUUCAAAAUCGGCAAAUGAUGUUGCGCUAGAUAGAAUACUGCCUGUUAGUGCGACGUUUUAUCACGAGCUAUACCAUCUGACAGAUGAUGGCGAGACAAGAGACCCCUUUUACCAAUUAGAGAGUGUCUUAGACGCAGCACAAAAGCAAAACGAAAUGCUUACUAUCAAUCCUGAAACCUACGUUUUUUUUGCCACGGCUGCGUACAUGAAUCUAAAUGCACCUGAAGGCCUCGACCCGGUUGUGUACGUGGGCGGGGUUCCCAUGAAAGUCUCUGGACUCCCCUUCUAG